AUGAGUAGCCCGCGCCGAAGAAUCGAGACUGAUUGUAAGAUGCUUACCUUGGCUAUGCGCGUUUUUCCACGCCGACGAAUUCUUUCUUACCAGAACGACAAACAGGCAAGAGUUCUUCGUCCGUUUCAAGGGCCCGGCCGAGAGUAUGCAGAGCCCACGAUGAAUAACCCACACAUGCCUCUAGACUCGACGCUAAUACGCUCAACUACAGCUCCUUUUGAAGGCGGCCUCUGGAAAGUGCACGUCGAGUUGCCUGAUACCUAUCCGUAUAAGUCACCUAGCAUCGGCUUCGUCAACCGUAUCUUCCACCCCAACAUCGAUGAGCUGUCCGGAUCCGUUUGUUUGGACGUAAUCAACCAAACAUGGUCACCGAUGUUCGACAUGAUCAACAUCUUCGAGGUCUUCCUCCCGCAGCUUUUACGCUACCCGAACCCAACCGAUCCCCUCAACGGAGAGGCAGCCGCCCUGUUGAUACGAGAGCCCAAAAGUUACGACGCCAAGGUCAAGGAGUAUGUACAAAAGUACGCAACGAAAGACGCAGCCGACGAAGCAGGGGCCGAAAGCGAAGACGAGGACGACAUGUCUUCAGUUGCUAGCUUUGACGAUGAGGACGAAGAACCAGCAGGGCAGAUGGACGACGUAUAA